AUGGGAUACAAGUUUAAAACCAAUUGGUUAGAGAAAUGGACUGAUAAUAUGUACCAAAAAUUCAUAACAUGCUUUCAAAUGCCAAAAAAUGUAUUGAAUGAUACAAAUGCCAGUGAAUAUCAAUACAGAAGCUGGUUUGUUAAUUUAUUGAUGGAGGAAUUGUUUUUAGAUCUGGCACGAGAUGUUUUUGAAGAAGGUAUAAAGAAUGUGAUGACAGUAAGAGAUUUCACGCAGAUAUUUGAUACUUAUGCACAACCAUUUUUGGUAAAUGAUGUACUUUUACGACAAAAUCCUAAUAAUGUUCAUGAAUGGGAAAAAAGGGUUUCAUUGUGGAAAGACAAUAAAGAACAGAUUGUUGAAACAUAUAACAAGGCAAUUUUAACAAUUAAUCCUAAAAAAGCCACAGGAAAAUUGCAUGAGUUGUGGGUUAACUUUGCUAAAUUUUAUGAAGAAAAUGGUGAUAUAGAAAGUGCUAGAAUAAUAUUUGAAAAAGGGACUCAUGUUGACUUUAAAAAUGUAAAUGAUUUAGCAACGUUAUGGUGUGAGUAUGCUGAAAUGGAAUUACGGAAUGAGAAUUAUGAUAAAGCAAUUGAGGUUAUGGGCCAUGCUACAAUUCCUCCCCGUAAUCCAAAUGUAGACUUUCUACAAUCACGUGUUUUUAAAUCGAUUAAACUUUGGUCAUUCUAUGUUGACCUUGAAGAGAGUAUUGGUACGAUAGUAUCAACAAGAGCAGUAUAUGAUCGAAUGUUGGAAUUGAAGAUCGCGACACCACAAAUUGUAAUCAAUUAUGCAGCUUUUUUGGAAGAGAACAAUUAUUUUGAAGAAAGUUAUAAAAUAUAUGAACGUGGUAUUGAAUUAUUCAAUUAUCCGAUUGCAUUUGAGAUUUGGAAUUUAUAUUUGACCAAAUUUGUUGCCCGAUAUAAAGGUUCCAAAUUAGAGCGAGCAAGAGAUUUAUUUGAACAGGCUCUUGAGAAAUGUCCACCAAAACAUGCAAAAACAUUAUAUCUUAUGUAUGGUAAAUUAGAGGAGGACUAUGGAUUGGCAAGACAUGCAAUGCGAAUUUAUGAUCGAGCAACAAAUGCAGUUGCUGAUGAAGAUCCAAGUUCAAACUUUGGUAUUACUUAUACGCGAGAAUUGUAUGAACGUGCCAUUGAAGUAUUACCUGAUAGGGAAGCAAAAGAUAUGUGUUUGAAAUAUGCAGAGGUUGAAUGUAAAUUGGGAGAAAUUGAUAGAGCAAGAGCUAUAUAUGCUCAUGCAUCACAAUUUUGUGAUCCUAGAACAGUGCCAUCAUUUUGGCAACUUUGGCAUGAUUUUGAGGUUAAGCAUGGAAAUGAAGAUACAUUCAAAGAAAUGUUGAGGAUUAAACGUAGUGUACAAGCUCAAUAUAAUACAGAAGUUAACUUUAUAUCGGCUCAAAUUCUUGCUACUCGUCAAGCUCAUCAAAACACAAAAGAUAAACCAUCCAACACAGAAGCAGAUGAUCAUUCUACUACUACACUUGACCCAAUGAAAUUAGCAGAAAAAGAAGCUCUUCUUGAAAGCAAUUUUACAAGAGCCGUUGCUUUUGUUUCAUCUUCGACAACUUUAGAAGAUGAUGAAUCCAUUUCUAAACAACUUGCGAAUCCUGAUGAAAUUACUAUGGAUGAUGAUGAUGAUUUAUAA